CCGCCCUCACGGGGGCUCCGUCCGCGUCGCUCCCGUGUGCCGACCCCGAGCCCCCCGCCCUCUGCCCCGCUAACGGCCUCACACCGUGCCGUCGUGUCUUCUCGCCCCGGAGAGUCGGAAGCGAGACUCUCCUCUUGGAAAACAGCGUCGGGUCCCCAGGCGUGCGGUGCCCCGGGAGGACGUUGUGCCGGACUGAACGCGAGCGUGUGCGCAGUGGGGGUGGAGAGUCGGAACCCACGUCGGGACCCUGGGUGGCGCGGCACCCCAAGCUCUGUGGCGCGUUGUCACUGGCGGACAAAGAUGUCUGUGGCCUCUUUCCGUGCGCCCAUCUACAAGGACCUCAAACGAAGACGUUGGUUUUUAAAAGAGGCUCCCGGUUCCCAGGCUGGAGGCGCGUGAGUCAUUUUUACGAGGCCCGGCGACAGCUGGCGCUGGGGCCGUAAUCCGUGUCGGCCACACUCGCGCCUGUCACUGACAGAGGCAAGCAGCUGCUGUGGCUGCCCGUCCCCAGGGCUGUGCUGGGCUGGGACCCCCGGGGUGAGCCCCCACCCAGACGCUGCCCGGAAUGAAUGGGGGGCCCGCCUCGCGGGGGGCAGCACCGAUUACGCGGGGCCACAACUAUGCCGCCGCCUGUUGGGCUCGCUUCCUCCUCCCGUGGCGCUCAGGGGCGGAAGGAUUUCACGUUCAUGCUCAUUAAAACACAUUCUUCAGCUGUGCAUCUUGCCGCCGGAGAGAGGGAGGCCUCGGCAGGGCAGCGUGGGGGCCCGGCGCUGUCCGGAGCAGGCCGUCCACGCUGGAGUUUCUGCACGGCCAGCAAAGUACGCCCUGCUCGGCACCAGUGGCCACUUUCUGGGUCCAAAACAAACGAAGGAGGGGCACCUGGGGGCUCCGUCGGUACGUCUGACUCUCGACAGCCAUUCGGGGCUGGUCACGGUCUCCUGGUUUGUGGGAUCGAGCCCCGUGCCAGGCUCCGUGCUCACGGUGCAGAGUUUGCUUGGGACCCUCCCUCCCCCUCUCUCUCCGCCCUUCCCCUGCUCACACACUCUCACGCUCUCGCCCAAAAAUAAACGUUUUUAAAAAUAAAAACAAAACAAGAGGGGACCUUGCCGGGUCGUCGGUGCCGGUGAGAUGCGGAGCCCUCUCUGCCGGCACAGGAAGCACGAACAGCACCGGUGAGACCUGGACAGGAAACACAAAUCUGGUUUGUGACUCCCGGGAGGGCGUGUCAGGGUUCCUUUCCGCCACCCGCCUGAAAUUUCUGGAAGGUGGGUCUGCCAGGGCACCGGAGGCACAACCCACCCCCGCCCCCCGCCCUGCGCCCGUCCCAGCCCCACACCCACCCACCGGGGACACAUGGUGCCUGUGGGUGGGGGGCACGUGUGGCUCCUUCGCCCCAGGCUCCCUGGCAGCCGUGUGAAUCUUUCUGGAGGACCCCAGCCCCAGCAGUUCUCGGCUGCGUGAGUCAUGAGUCCUUCUAAAGGGAGAGGGAAGGAAGGAGAAAACGGAAUGAAUUCUGAUUCUAGGUCGACAGGGAGUGGAGCCGGUCCCAGGGGAGUGCCCGCUGGCUUCUUCCUCCCGUGACAAGCUUGGGGGGUGGGGAGACCCUUGAGGUCCUGUCCUGCUCCUCAAAGGAGCUGGUGUGUGAUGUCCCCUCUGCUGUGGCCUCGGACGUGACACCCUCUCUGGGUCUGUGUGGGCCUGGCAUUUCCCGGUUAAGAACAUGAGGUCCAGGAGGGGGUGGAGGGGGUCGCUCCAGCCACCACUUCGUUGGACCCCACCCCCAAAUCUGCAUUGGAUGUGACCAACCGCAGGGUCCUCGCUGCUUCCUGGACAAGCGGGGUCUGACUCGCCGGGACACCCAGGCUGGUCGUGGGGGCGCCUCCUUCCUGGCACCAGCGGCCGUGCUGAGACACCCACACGGCUCAGCUCAUCGGUGGGGCCCUGAGCUCCGGGCACUGGACGCCCCACCUUGGGUGUCCGGCCCACUGCACCUCCAGAGAGCAGCCGUGGUCCCCGGGCGUUAGCGGGUGCCUAGGUUUCAACUCACUAAUAAGAAGCUGGUGCUCACGGGGCCACUUUGGCUCAGAGGUGCGUUUGUAUUCAUCUGCGUGGUGGUUUUUUAAAACAUUUGAAUUAAUUACCAGUGUUUAAAAAUCAAGGUCUUUUCUCAUCGCAGUGGGAAUCUAACUUCUCUGUAAACGUGUGGCACCUAGCCACAAUCGGCAGACUGGAGGGGUGGGAAAGGACCCCUGUUAGCCACAGUCCCCACCCGGCCCUUGCGUCUGGUCUGCCGGCCUCGCAGGCUUUGAGGUUCAUGGUCUCAGGGGUCGUGGUCUCCGAGCUGAGGGAGUAACUGUGGCCAGCCCACACAAUUGUCCAUCAUUUGCUGUGGACUAAGGCUUGGACCUCCCAGCCGGGUCCAAGGACACGGGUAAAAAAAGCAUUAAACGCGUGUGAUGGGCACAGAUUGGCGAGGGGGUGGGGGGCCCUCACACAGCUCCAGGGAGGGGAGUGGUCACCUGGUUUGUUAAUCCGAUGUUGUGAGCUGGGACUUUCUGAGCCCAGGAUGCGCCGGGCGUUGUGUGAGCCCCCAGGCACCUGUCAGGGAGGCCUGGUCAGGGGCCAGCGUCCCUCCUGGGGCAAGGGAGGGCUGGGCCUCUGCCCCAGGCCACACAGCCAGCAAGCGUGCGCCCUGCAUCCCAGUGGCCGGGGUCCUGCUCCUUGCUCCCGCGUGAUGUGUGCACAUGUGUGCGUCCCACAAGAGGGUCCGGGCACCCCUCAUUCUUUUCUGGAAUGGCACUGCCCUCUGUGAUUCACACAGGGUGAUGGGCGACGAUGCAGAGGGACCUUUCUGGGUCUCGUGCUGUGCCCGGGGCGGGCCUGUGUGGCUCCCUGCGGGGUCUCCAGGAGAAGGUGCGAGGGAGGGCGGUGGGGUGACAGUGACACUGGGCCCCGCCCUGGGCCUGGGGCCCCGUGCCUGCACGUCCUCCCUGUGGAUGGGGGCAGGGGCUCGUGCACCGGCUCUGGAAUGUAACCCGACCCUCCUGGAAAUGUAUUUGAAGUUGUCUCCUUGGCAACUUGGAUUUUUUUCCCCUUUUCCUCUGUGAUCAACCAAGUCCGGUAGGGCCUGGUGGGAUCCCAGGGUUCACGGGAAUCGAGGCUCUCGGCCUGAAAUGCAGCUUCCUGGGUGUUUGCUACACGGCCAGAGGCGGCCCGCUGGCUACAGCUGCCACACCUGGGUCGAGCCUGCCAGCCUCGCUCCCCCACAGCACCCAGCGAGCUGCCUGGUGGCUCCCUGGUCUGAGUGGUGCCUCGGGUGGGGAAGCCAGCCUCCAUCUGACCCGAGCCGACCCAGACUGUUGUGGGACGAAGCAGUAGUGUUACUCGUGUGUUUUGUUGGGUCGGCCGUUCUCCCUCCGACGGCUGUUCCGUUGGUUGGAGACUUCUGGAAACCCCAGUGACCAUCCUGUGGCCGAUGUUUCCUUACGAGAAGAGACCCCCUCCCACCCCCCCAGGCCAGGCCUGGGGCGAGGCGAGGCACGGGUGGCCCAUGUUCUUGCAGAAGCUUUCGGGCGCGUGGCCAGUCUGGUUUGAGCUGUCCUCUUUCAGCUGGUGAACAGCACACGCACACAGUGGAGUGGGUUAACCCCCGGUUCCUGGGCCGCCUGUGAGCUCCCCCGCACAGCGGGGCUGGUCUGCGCACAGGGAGAUGGUGGGAAAGGGGCCCGGGCCCCGAGGCUCCCUGCCAUCAGGGUCAGUUUGAUGGGUCGGCUUGAGCAAGUCGCGGUCCCCGGGUGUCUAGAUGUUUCUGCAAAGGUAUUUUUCAGAUGGGACUAGCAUGGACAUGAGCUGAUGUUGAGUGAAGGGGUGGGCCUCAGCCAGUCAGUUGAAGGCUUUUCUUGAGAGAAGAAAGACCCGCGUGUCCCCCCGGGGGAGACACCCCCUGCCGGCCAGCCCUAUAGAUUCUGGACUCCCGGUCCCCACUGUCCCGUGAGCCAAUUCCUGGACUUGACGUCUCUCUACACAUAUACGUCCCAUUGGUUGUCUGUCUGGAGAACCCCGACUGACGUGCCUUGUCGGCUUUUCUGGAAUAGACAGGUGUCUGUGCGGGGGGUGUGGGGCCCCUGAGGCCCAGGCCCGGGUGCCGGGCAGGUGCAGGGCCCUGGGCGCCUGCAGACGCGGCUGCCGUAGGGAGCAUGGGCUGGGGGGCCCUGGCUGGGGGCUCUGCGUGGCUGGCCUCCUUUCCUCCAGUCAGUAAGUGGGGCCGGGUCCCCGCCCUCAUGCCUUUGCCUGGCUGAGUGUCUCCGCUCCGUUUUGGAAGAUGGUCGUGGGGUUUGCUUAUUCGUCUUCUCUCUGCUGGUCCCCGAGGUGUGGCCAAGGCUGGUGGAGACCCCCUGCCCUGCACAGGUGCGGGAAAUGGCCCUACAGACACUUGGUGAGUCAUGAACGUCUGCCGUCCGGUGGGAGCCCAGCCGGGAAGGCAGGGCUGGGCUGCAAGACCGGGGGCCUCGCCUGAGCCCUGAGGGUCUCUGUGCCGGAGCAGUGCCCCUCCUGGGCAAGGUGGUCUCCCGGCUCUGUGCGUGCACCUGCUAUGUCUGAAUCCCCACGACACCAGACCCCCAGAGCUCUUGAAAACAUCCUCAGUGGAUGAGCGAGGUCGGCCUGGUAAACCCGGCCGACAGACCCGGAGAGUGCAAAGCCCCUGGGUCCUCCCAGGGCCUGACCCGUGGCUGCCGGUGGGGUGGGCGUGGCCCCGUGUUCUCUAGACCACUUCCCUCCCAAAGAGCCGGCAGGCGCACCAGGUGGGACCUACCACGUCCAGGCCUCCUCAGGGAUUGGGCUCCGGGCAGAGAGAGGGCGAGCGGGUGCAGAACUGGCCAGGCCCCCAGCUGUUCCAGGCCCUGAGACUCCCGGCUCCUGGUCUCCAGAACUGGCAAGGAGGUGGGCGGGCCUGACUUUGCAUGCCCAGGAGGACCCCCUGAGGCCCACCGGCUGGCAGCUGGGGAGACACUGUCACGGAAACUCCAGAUUUGGUUUAUCUGCUCUCUUAGUAAGUUAAUUUUGUAAACGUCCACAGUGUUGGAGCAAAGGCAUAACCACUGCUCCCGAGGCCACGGUCUGUCCGGGGACUGGCCCUGUUGGCCCCUCAGACACACAGACCAGGCUGGUGGGCAUGCACGAUUCACCGGGAUCUUGGGGGAUGGGGAGGAGACCUCCCCCGUGGGCUGUGCCCAGGGCCAUUCGUGGCUGGGCUGGUGCCAUGCCCUUGCGUGCCAGGCCGAGGCGGGGUGGGGACAGCAGCUACGGGCGCUUCUGUGUUUACUUGCCAAGGAGGGAAGUGGUCCCAGUCUGUUGGCACAGACUGGCCCUGGGUCCGCGUGGAGGAGGGCCGGGCCUCGGCAGGAGGGCCCUGUAGCUGGGGGCCCUGGAGCCACGAGGUAGCAGGGACGGUCCCGCCGGAGAGGGUGUGCUGGGCAGGUUGGGGCGGGGCCUGAGGUGCAGGAAACGUUCUGCAGACAGAAACCAACAGAGGGAAGUGGCCUCCAGUCUGCAUCCGGGGAUAGCGAUUGGCCCAGACCGUUGUUCUGCGGGCCUGGCGCGGGGCUGCCCGAGGUCACAGGUGCUUGCUGGCUCGUCGGCCAGACCCCCAGAAUAAGAGAGAGCAGGAGUUCAGAGAAGUUCUCUCUCUCUCUCUCUGAUUUUUAAGAUUUUAUUUUUUUUAAGUUUAUUUAUUUAUUUUGAGAGGGAGAGAGCGCUCGCACACACGUGAGUGUUCACGAGCUGGGGGCUAGGGGGGGCGGGCAGGAGAGAAGGAGAGAGAAUCCCAAGCAGGCUCCGAGCUGUCAGCUCGAUCCCACAAACCACGAGAUCAUGACUUGAGCCGAGCUCAAGAGUCAGACGCUCACCUGACUAAGCCCCCAGGUGCCCUGAGACUUCAUUUUUUUAGGGUAGUUUUAGAUUCACCGCAACGUUGAGCUGAAUGGACAGAGAUUUCCCGUAAUUCCCCACUCCCCCCCGACUCCCCCAUUAUCGGUGUCCCCCAGAUGGUGGAUUUGUCACAGCCGGUGACCCCACACUGACACGCUGUCAUCACCCGGAGUCCAUGGGUCACGGGAGGGUCCCUCUGGGUGGGUGCACGUUCUGUGGGUUUGGGCGAACGUGGGACGGCAGGUGUCCACCGUCCCGUGUCCCUCGCGCUGUUCGCCGCCCUAAAAGUCCCCUGUGCUCCCCCUGCUCCUCCCUCCUCCCUCCGCCCUGAGCCCAGGCAGCCCCCGUCUUCUGUCUGCGCAGCUCCGCCUCUUCCAGGACGUCCUGUCGUUGGAAUCAGCGUGCAGUCCAGGUUAUCGGUGAUCGCAUGCAGUCCUUUGUGGUGCAGAAUCGCGGCCCCUCGUCUGGACCUGACCCCGCAUAGCCGCUUGCUUGCUUAGGGCAGCAUGCUUGCUGUGGGCGUAGCCGCCCUGAACACCUAGCCGCCGGUUUUUGUGUGGCCCGGGGGCGCGGUUGCCGGGUGCAAGGGGUUUGCUUCCACCCACACUGGUGCCCGCUCCGUGCCUGGACGGCCUCCCUCCGACGCCAGGGGGGCCUCCCAGGCCCGUCCCGUGCAGGCCGCUGUGAUGUCUCCUUCCUCGUCAGGGCCCGACGACCCCCUCGCCAGCUCACCUGCCUGCACACCUGGCCGACCCCUCAGGCAGGACCUGGCAGGCCAGGCCUUCGUGUCUGAUCGGCCUCGGCACACGGACGUGAGGGCACGUACGUCACCUUCUGUGCCGCCGUGGAUUAAGUGCAUUGUCGUGUGGCUCGGGGCCUUGGCACUGUCUGCCCCAGAACAUUCUGGAUCACCACACAAGUCAGCUUGCUGGAAGCCGAGGCUAGACCUCGAUGGGAGCCUUAGAAAAACAAAACAUUAACAAAAUCGUGCCACCGAAGUGUCACUUCCUGGAACAAGUCUGGUGACACAGAAACGUCUUUAGGAAAACAUUGCCUCCUCCCCACCCGCCAUCCCCCCCUUCACCGCCGUCCCCAUGGCGGCUCGUGUGCGUCCCUAAGUGCCUUUUCCUUGACGGGUUCUUCCUGGCUUCUGUUAUCGGCGUCAGAGACGUGGUGAAAGUCUGGGGGAUGUUUCUCCCAGACAGAAAACGUGACCCCCGCCCCAAGGUCUGCACGUCCAGACUCUGUUUCUUGCUCAGGCCUUCACCCCGGGCGCAGGGCUGGAGCGUAGUUGCUGGCCACGGUGCCCUGUGUGGUCUGGGUUGGGUCGCCCACCCCCCGGGGAGGCGUUGGGACAGGAGCCUACCCGUGGCUCUGGUGCCCCGGGUGGAGGCCGCCAGCCAGCACAGACAGGAAGUCUGCAGACGGUGGUUCCUGGGGACGGGGCUGGUGGCCGUUGGGCUCGGCUGAGCACCAGAACCUUUGACCCCAGAGUGGACUGCAGCGGGCUGCCCGCGCCCCCCCCCCCCAGCCUGGAAGGAGCCCUGGGUGGUGGUCCCUCUCUCCUGCCCUCACUCGAAGCAGGGCGUGUGUGGCCAGGAAGCCUCGGACCCACUCCCUGGUGCCUCUGAGGCUGCGGGUGGCAGGGAGGAACCGGCCAGACAUUGGGGGCAGAGCCCGGGGGGAAGGGAGCCGUGGGCUGGGACCCGCAGGCCCCUCCCGUCAUGCUCCAGGGCACGUUUGGUGCGGCCACCUGCGUGCAGCCCGGACAUCGUGUGUGCCCGCUGGAGCAUCGGUCACCGGCCGCUUCCCCCUGCUCCUGACAGACGUCGCCUGACUUGGGGGAGGAUGAGACAGACCGUGGGUUUGGAGGAAGGACCGCCAGCAGCCAGGGCUUGUGGCGCUGCACGCUCUGGGGCCCCGGCCUCACGGCUGACAUUUGGACCCGAGUGCGAACCCGGCCAGGGUGUGGGCGGCCGCGGGGUGUGAUGCCCUUGCCCCGUGGCUCUCCGCCGUGCCGCAGGGAGGGGGGACCGGGGCUCUGGCAGAGUCGGCCCGGCCCCUCGGGGGGAACAGAGAGGAGCUCGACGGGCGCCCACUCGCCGAUGCAGGGGGAGCCUGGGGCUGUCUGCGAGGUGCUCUCACCCGCGGGCUCAGUUACUCCCGUGCGCGUGCAGACGUGCAGCACGCUGCCUGUGCAUAAGCACACAAACACGGACGGCGGUGCGUCCACAGGGGUCCCCGGGCGUCAGGCAGGAACGGGCAGGAACGUCUCGUGAACGCCGCAGCCACGGGUGUUUUCUGUUCCGCUUAUUCAAGCGCCCACUGCCCUCACGGCCACCUGUCCCAUCUGACGGGGAUGGAGCUACUUCUGAAGUGCAGACGGUCGGGCCGCUGCUCCGGGAGGCCGAACGGUCCUGUACCCACUCUGUGGAAGAGGAGGCUGAGGCUGGGAAGUGGGGGGACCCCGCGGCUGUGGCCGGCGCUCCGCGGAGCUGAGGUCGGCGGGCUCUGGCUUCAGGUGGGGCUGGUGCGUCUCUCACGGCUUUCCCGCCCCUGCCUGGCGGCGCUCAGUUGUUCAGGGGCGCGUACAGGGUCUGACGGACGCGGGUCCCGCACGAGCCUGUCGUCCGCCCGGGGUGGUGGGUCCAGGGGUCCAGGGAGUCGCCCUGCAGGCACUGAGCCCCCGAACGAAUGAGUAAAAGGGUGUGCGGCUGGGGUCCUGGAGCAGAAGCCGCCCCCAAGUGCCCCCCCGCGUGCCACCCUGACAGGUUCCCCUCGCUGUGGGCAUCGCACCGCCCACUGGAGAAAAUCCGAGCCACGGAAAUCUCGUCGGUUUUUAAAACUGAAACGGCGCCGAAGGAGGGAGUCAUCUAGGAAUCCCGCCCCUGCCGCCGGUGCUAAUGCUUUUCUCCUGGGCCCUCCCAGGCCGCGUUCGGCGAGACCCGAUUAUUUUCGGGCCGGGCCUAGAGUCACUGAGAGAGGAAUUUGACGAGUGCGGUCUAGCCUUCUGGCAAGUGUUUCUCCGGCCCAGAACAUUCCGGCUGGCGGUCCCUCGGGGGUGUCUGUGCAGCCCCGUCGGCAGCCUGGGCAGCGAGUCGUGGGAACCGCGGCCCCGCGGGCGCAGGGUCUGCACCCACAGCGUCUGCCGGCACCGCCAGAUCAGGAGACCCCGAAACCACACGCCCGAGAGCGCAAGGAAGCGUGUUCUCGUGAGCACGUUCUGGGCCGGGAGGUGGCUCCACGUGGCCCUGGGGCCCCCUUGCCUUGGCGCCCGCGGUCAACGUCACAGCCGCGGGGGGCAGCGCACGCCCUGUCCAUCUGUCCAUCUGUCCAUCCGGGAGAGGGUGGUCACGUCUACCCACAAAGGAGGCAGGGGCUGCGGCCGGCGACAGUGGUGCUCCCCUGCCGUGUGUUUGCCGUGGGCUCUCCCUGCUUCAUGCGUGACGACCUUGCUUCCGUCUGGCUGUGACGGUGACAUACCUGUGUGCACGUGCUCCCCAGCGUCCACGGUCGUGGCCUGCCUCGUCUCAUGUGGCCAUUGCUCUGUGCGCCCCCGGGAAGGAAAUGCUGCUGGUCUCUCGGUGGAUGGUGGUCUCCUGACCAGUGCUGGCCCACCCAGACCCAUCCCUACUCCUUCCUGGGAACACCACCUGAUCCUCAGCCCCUCCCACUGCUGCCCGUCCUCUCGGCUGGGCCUCUGUGAGCGUGCGACCUGUUUGGGCCAAUGUGGCGUGAGGGAAGGUUGCUGGGAGCUUCUGGAAGGUUUUCCUGCUGAGGAGAGAAGCUGCAGGAGGAAGCAGUGGGUUCUGUGCCUGCUGAUAGCAUGGGGAGACACUUGGCAACUCCCGGAACCGCGGCAGCUCCUGUGCCACCAUGAGGGCCUGAGGUCACUAGAGCAGGACGCAGGGGUGAACCUCGGGCCCUGACACCUGUCUGGGCCACUGAAUCAGCUGCCCAUCUUCUGGUUCCACUGCCUCACAGAUAUUCCAGGAGCCCCCAGGCCCCUGCAGCUGGCUUUGCAUCUGAACGGACGCUCUCGGCCUGGAGUGUCAUUGAUUGUACACACAGGACACAUCCGGUUCCACUGCUGGGGUUUUGAAAGAGGAAAACAGUCCCAGUUGUAAAAUGGAAAUUAUGUAAACGGGAGUGGAAGGCGUGUAGGUCACGUACGUCAUCAUUAUAGGACAUAAAUGUCAAAGAAUUAGGUGGGCACAACGGGGCUCUGAGAAAAAUCACGCCCGUCUCAGCAGCCCAGGGCACGGAGGGCCCGCACGCGGUGCUGGGGUGACCUUCCCUGUGCCUCCUGACGAUGUCAGAGCCUGUGAGUCCCCUCAGCCUUGCUCCCAGCCCAGGACUCUGUGCCUUCUGGGGUUGGGCAGGGAGCACGUGUGCUCCAGGCCCUGCCACCCUCGCCUCCCGGGCAGUGGCGGCAUCGGUCUGCUGUUUAGACGUCUGGCUCCAUCCAUCAGCUGGCUUCAUAAACACACCAGACGCCCACGAGCCAAGCGGCCCCAUGGCCGGUGCAGGGGUGAGCGCGGGGAUCCAGCUGCCGGCGGUGGGGGGGGGGGGGCGGCUGCCGAUCGGUGCCCGGAGAUUCCAGGCACGGCGGCACCAGCAGGGUCUUCUCACGGCGUCUCCCCCAGCCUGCGGUGAGGCGGUAGCCGGCCUGGCCGGCGACCUGAGCUGGGUAAACUGAGCCCCCCCUUGGAUCAGGAUCACGUCUGUCGGUGCUGCCAGGGCACGGGGCCGCGGACGCGCCUGAUAGGCUGAGGGCCCGGGUGCCCCGGGGCAGCAGAGGGUACAGGGGCCCUCGUCCACCCCGGGCCUCAGCCCCCUCGGCAGCGGUGAAGGAGUCGGCAGCCUGUCCCAGAGGCUCGGUUAUUCCGGAGGCCGUUCAGCCCGGCCGUGGGGCUCAGCUGCAGGAGUGAUGCUGUUUAUGCACAUCCACUGAGCAGGGCUGAGCGCCGGCUGGAUGCUCCCGGCAGUUUACAAAGCCUCACUUCUGAUCCUCACAGGUGUAGAGUCGGGGGGGCUCCAGACAGGGGACUGGCCUGAGGCGCUUGGCAGGUGAGGGGGCCUGGGGUCAGAGCCCGUCUGCGGCUCCCCGCGUGUGAGGCGGCUCCGUGGGCUCCGUGUUAAUCAUUGAGCCUCUGCAGACCCCCCACCCCCGCUCGGGAGGGGCCCCCGCUGCUCCCUGGGGGCAUGACCUUAGACCACGCCCAUCCCACUGGAGCGCCAAGUCCUUGGGAGCUAGCCCGAGGUCAGCCCGGGUUGCCCCCAAAGAUUCUCCCCACUGCCCGGCCUGCGGUGGCCUCUGACCUCACACCCUUCUGUCUCCAAGGAGGAAACGCCUGACUUCGGUUUAGACGGGGAGCAGGCGGACGGGAGCUGGAGGGGGGGUUGCGCAUGCCCCCUCGCCUGUGACCCCCCCAACUGCUGACCCUCACCUGUCCCUUGGCAUCUGCAGGGCACGGCCUCCGUCCUCCAGCGCCGGUCCCCCAACGAAGAGUACGUGGAGGUGGGGCGCCUGGGGCCCUCCGACUACUUUGGU